GGGACACAGAUAUCGAAGAAAUGGAGGAAGAGCAAGAGGACUCUCUGGAAGAGUUAGAGGAAGGGCUUGAUGUGUUGAUGAUCUUAGAACGAGCAUAUGAGAGCACUAUCAAGGCCCAUGUCGUACGAGAACCCAAGACAAACGACACAAGACCAAUCCCAUCCACUGCCACAUCCCAUCUUUCCAGCCAAAUUUCGUCUUCAUCACCCUCUUCACCAUCAGUUACCAUGUUCCAACAACAAUCCCAUAUACCAUCCAGUGGUUCCAGCAAUGUGCCUCCAAGUUCUCCCCCUGUUUCUCACCCACUACAGAAUUCGCCCGAAUUUAUCCCUUUGAUGGCUGGAUCGUCUACUGCGUUGCUCGCUGUCCUUGAGCAUGCUCCACACAAGCCUCAAAGAUCAUCGUCGCCGCAUCCAGCCGCGGACAUUCCUGUGGGCAUAACGACCCACGAUGCUGUGCUCAAGAUUGCACACUUGGGUGAUUGUAUGGGUAUGCUUGUAAGGGAUGAGGAAGUUGUUUGGAGAAGUGAAGAAAUGUGGUGGAGUUUCAAUACCCCCGUUCAACUUGGCCCAAGCUCGUCAGCACGGCCAAAAGAUGCACAGAUACUGACUCUUCCUGUUCAGGCAGAUGAUAUUCUCAUCCUAGCUAGCGAUGGAUUGAGCGAUAAUCUAUGGGAUGAAGAAGUUUUAGAUGAGGUCGUUCGCUUCAAGCGAUCAUUUCUCAGUUCGAAGAGUGGAGCACGGAAGCAACAGGAUGUUGUGAAUAUGUCGCAGGGACUACUUGGACGUCGAUCGCUCGCAGGGAUGCUCAGUGAGGCUCUAUGCUCUCGAGCACGCCGCGUAUCAGAGCGAAGAGGGACAUCAUGCGGAUCGCCUUCGAGUUUCGACGACGAAGUACCUUUCGCUAGGCGAGCACGAGAGCAGGGUCGCUCUUUCCGAGGUGGCAAAAUCGAUGAUAUAUCUGUGUUAGUUGCUGUGAUCUCUCCAGCUGCAGACGCUCCAAUGAGCAAGUCUUGAUUUUUUUAGAAGCAAGACGCAUUCGUAUCAUUUAUGAAUUCCGACCAUCCAUGGUCCAGCUGUAUCUGAAUUUGUUAUUUAAGUAUCAUCACUGUACAAGUUACUGUACACAUUCUCUCUCCUUUUUUUGUCUUCUUUCUAGACACAUUGUAACCAGCUCAGACAAAGGAACCUUACAUGUAAUCAUUCUUGAUGCGGUCGUAUACAUGUUCAGCAUACACAUAUAACAGCACAAUGGAAAAAUAUUUGAUGGAUAAA